CGGAACUCUGAUGUUUGUCCCGCUGAAUUUAUGGUAGGGCAAAAAAACAGCAUUAGAUCUGAAGAAAGGCCCAGAGCCCUGAGCUAAAGAUGGCUAGAUUUUCCUUUUGGCUCUUAAUAAUUUCCUUGAGCAUCUUCUCCGUUUCUGCAAAUCGUCCCAGGGGCCGUAUCCUGGGGGGAUCAGAGAGUGCCCCACAUCACAGGCCUUACAUGGCAUCUCUGCAGGAGGACGGGAAGCAUCUCUGCGGCGGGUUCCUGAUCACCGCUCAGUGGGUGCUCAGCGCAGCCCAUUGCUUGGAGGAAACGAAAAACGGGACGCUACAGAUCCUCUUGGGAGCCCAUUCGCUCUCAGAAACCGAACCGAACAAGCGUCUGUAUGGAAUCCGUCAACUCAUUCCUCACCCAGGGAGCAGCGAAGACACCAUUCUCCACGAUCUCUUGCUGAUCCAGCUUGCAGAGCCCGCGGUUCUUGGGUCACAUGUGCGGAUCCUGCCAUAUCAGACUGUAAACAAUGAUGUCCCUGAACAUACUCGGUGUGAAGUGGCCGGCUGGGGCAUUAUUAGCAAUACGGGAAAGAAACCAGACAAGCUGCAGUUCGUUCAGCUCAGCAUCAUCGAUCGAAAUCAAUGCAAUAUGAGGCGAUACCAUGACGGCAGCGUGACAGAGAACAUGAUGUGCGCUGAAUCCAGAAAGAAAGAUUCCUGCAAGGGAGAUUCCGGUGGACCUAUUGUUUGCAAUGGCAUUGCUGAAGGCAUUGUGACCACUGGAUCCACUGUUUGUGGCAAUUGGCGGAAACCUGGGAUUUACACCCGGACUGCUCCCUACGUCUCAUGGAUCAACAGCACCAUAGAGUCCAACGUUUAAGUCCUUAGCGGGAUUGCUUAGUAGCUCUCAAUGCUGAGGCUUCAAGGUGCAAAAGGGAAUGAGAUUGGACAACCAUGUGUUGUUGUAAGGUUUCCUACCUGAGCAGGUGGUUGGACUAGAAGAUCUCUAAGGUCUCUUCCAACUCUGUUAUUCUGUUCUCCCAAGAGGUUCAGGAAGGAACCUCUUUCUCUUAUGGAGUGGGGGGGGGGGGGCUUUGCUUUUUUUAUUUUAUUUUCAUCAAGGGGCACCUGUACGCCAACCAGCAAUGCUUACCAAGAAUUAUUGUCAGCAUGCAAUAAAUAAAUAAAUAAAUAAAUAAAUGGAACGCA